GCCAGUGUUGCGAUGGCUACGUUCAGGCAGACAGCAAACCUCUGGGCUCCCAGGAUUAUGAACAGCACAUGUAUGUCAACACGGAAAACUUCAACAGCUGGGAGGCCAAUGCUGGGAAACCGGAGGAGAGUCCUCCCAAAGAUCUUUUCGAUAUGAGGCCCUUUGAAGACGCUCUAAAGCAGCACGAGUCCAUGUCCGCUUGCGGGGCGCAAAGCGGCCUCCAGAUGGAGGACCAGUGGCCCAGCCCGCCCAGCCGCAAGGCUCCCAUUGCCCCCACCGAAGACCAGCUGAAGCAGGAACUGUGGUACCACGGCAAGAUGAGCCGACGGGAUGCGGAGAAGCUGUUGCACACGGACGGCGACUUCCUCGUCCGGGACAGCAUCACCAACCCCGGGCAAUACGUCCUGACGGGCAUGCACGGCGGGCAGCCUAAGCAUUUGCUCCUGGUGGAUCCUGAGGGAGUG